CUGGUGCGGGCCCCUUCCGCCGCCAUCACUGCAGAACUGAGAGUGGAUCGGGGGGUUCGGGGGUGCCCCGCUGAUGCCGAGGAUUUGGGGGGACGAUCUUUCUCUCCUGCCAGCCAACUACGGGGUCUUGGCAAGAGUUUCCUGCAAAGGGCCUUGCUGCUGUUCUUUGGGAAUAAUCCAGGCAGAAGAUGGGGCCGCACCUUCUGAAGUCCUGUACCCAGGGUGCGGUGACCUUCGCUGAUGUGGCCUUAAGCUUCUCCCCGAAGGAGUGGGCAUGGCUGGAUGCUUCUCAGAAGAAUCUCUACAGAGACGUGAUGCUAGAGACCUACCAACAUCUGCGGGCCAUAGGGCACUGUGGGGCAAAGCCUGCGCUGAUCUCCUGGUUGGAAAGAGGAGCCCGGGGGAAGCUGCAGAGAGACGUGUUUUCAGGAUGCAGACCACCAGUUCAGGACUUGGCCUUUCAACAGUUUCCUUUUGGGAAAGGAUCUCCAAAUAGUGAGAUGGGAAUCAGCCAAUCUCGGUGGGAUGAGGGAGAUCCUGUGCUGUGGGACACAGUGUGGAGGAAACCGUCCUGUCCACAUUCUGAUGGGAGUGAGGACUUGGAGGACAUCCGUGUUGGAGGAGGAGGCCAGAAUGAAGAGAGUGUCUUUGCUGUCGAUCCCCAAUCUACUGGGCACAGUGUGCCUGAAUCUACACAGCACAAUCCUUGGGCAAGGACCGCCACGAUGAGAACACCCUGGGAAGAGCAAGCAGUAGUGUUUGCUUCAAGCCCUUCACAAGGACAGGCUCAUAAGCACAUUCCCCAUGGAGUAAAGAUGCCCAAGUGUAAGCAGUAUGGCAGGGCAUUCUCUUGUGCUGGAUACCAUGAUGUACCCUCAUACAGCUUCAGUGCACAGAACCCCUCUGACUGUCAGCAAGGUGGACAUGCUCUUUGUCAACCCCCACAUCCGAGCGACCCUAAGGAAGUCCAGAUAGGAAAGAAACGGCAUACGUGUCUGGAGUGUGGCAAGGCCUUUCCGUACCCCUCAGGCCUUCUUAAACACAAGAAAAUCCAUUCAGGAAAGAAGCCUUAUACUUGCCAGGAAUGUGGGAAGGCCUUCUCUCAAACCUCACACCUCACUAGGCACAUGAGUAUUCAUACUGGAGAGAAACCUUAUUCAUGUCAGGAAUGUGGAAAGGGCUUCGCUCAAUAUUCAGACCUUAGGUGCCACUUGAAUAUUCACACGGGAGAGAAGCCUUAUACAUGUCAGGAGUGUGGGAAGACCUUUGCUAUAUCUUCAAACCUUUCUGCCCACAAGAAAAUCCAUACAGGACACAAGCCUUAUACAUGUCAGGAAUGUGGGAAGGCCUUUUCUCACUCUUCAAGCCUUACCAGGCACAUGAAUAUUCAUGCUGGAAAGAAGCCUUAUACAUGUCAGGAAUGUGGGAAAGCCUUCACUCUAUCCUCACACCUUACGAUGCACAUGCGCACGCAUACUGGAGAGAAGCCUUAUUCUUGCCAGGAGUGUGGGAAGGCCUUCACUCAAUAUUCAGCUCUUAGAUGUCACAUGAAUAUUCAUACAGGAGAGAAGCCUUAUACAUGUCAAGAGUGCGGAAAGGCCUUCACUCACUCCUCAAGCCUUAGCCGGCACGCGUAUGUUCAUUCAGGAGAGAAGCAUCAUACAUGUCAGGAGUGUGGGAAGGCUUUCUCUUUCUCCUCACACCUGAAUAGACACAUGUAUAUUCAUACAGGAUUGAAGCCUUACACCUGUCAGGAGUGUGGGAAGGCAUUCAAUCGGUCCUCAAAUCUUUUCGUGCACAAGAAAAUUCAUGCAAAAGAGAAGCCUUAUUCAUGUCAGGAAUGUGGGAACACUUUCGCUUACUGCUCAUGCCUUUGUAAGCAAGAGAAUUCAUCUGGAGAGACACCUGAUGUGCGUGAGGAAUGCGGGAAGGUCUUCACUCCUGUUUUAACCUUUUCAUUGAUGAGAAAAUGAUGUCUGGAGUGUCUUACUAAGCGAUCAUACCAUGUAGUUGGCAUUGGCCUUUCACACCACUGGCUGGGAUUUGAUCUCAGAUCCUGUGGGAUAUUCAAGCGCUACUGGAGGGAUUCCUGAGUGCAGAGCCAGGAAUAAACUUUGAAUACCACAGGAUGUGGCCCCAAAAGGAAAUAAAGGGA